AUGGCGGCAGUAAGACCGCUGAUGGCCCCUGUCAACGAGACGGAACAUUCAUACAGUCGGAUUAGCCGGGAAGGAAAGAGGAUCACCUACACCUUGAAAGUCAUUCAACAACCCGAGAGAGCUCGUGCUUGCGGUGCUGGAGCAAAGUCAUCCGCGGACCGUCGUCCUGUUGACCCUCCACCCGUCGUUGAACUGCGUGUCUACGAAUCCGAACUUGACAAUGACUUGACCAAAACCGACAUCACCUUCGCCUACAAUGCCAACUUCUUCCUGUUCGCUACGCUGGAAAACGCUCGCCCGAUCGCACAGGUUCGCAAUGCGGGAUCGCCGCCUAUCUGCCCUGUCUUGACCGGCGUGCCCGUAGCAGGCAUUGCAUACUUGGACCGUCCUGCCCAGGCUGGCUAUUUCAUCUUCCCUGAUUUGUCUGUUCGCCACGAAGGGUUCUACAGGCUGAAUUUCAACCUGUAUGAAGAGGUCAAGGACCCCAAAGAUGCCGACAAGGACUCUGCCUUACCCGCUCAACAACCAAUGGUCGCCUCGAACAAGCCAGGAGCUCCUAAGGCGUUUUUGAAUUUCAGGCUGGAGGUCAAAUCGACGCCGUUCCAGGUGUACAGUGCAAAGAAGUUUCCAGGGCUGGCUACCAGUACUUCGCUCAGCCGCGUGGUAGCCGAACAAGGCUGCCGUGUGCGUAUCCGUCGUGACGUGCGCAUGAGACGUCGGGGUGAAAAGAGCGGCAAGGAUUAUGGCGACUACGAGGAAGACCGAUACGGUCGCUCAUCUCGGUAUACUACGCCUACGCCUGUUGAGCGUCCGCGGUCUGCUAGUAAUAGUACCGUCGAUGCGCCAUACCCUUACUCGGGUCAGACUGCUCGUCGGGAUUCUACUCACGAAUACCCGGGAUAUCAACCACACCACUCGAGACCACCGCCACCUGCCCCUUCGACUCCAUACCAACAUCCUCAUGCUCCGCCACCACCGCCAGCACCUGCUUCAACUUCGGCAGCACCUGGGUAUUUGUCGUUUGGUUCUGCAUCGGCAUCUUACCAGACUCCUCACCUGCCAGCUGCACCUCCACCACCAUCGCAUUCCAUCUACACUCCUGGUCCUUCGACACCGACAUCAGCGUACUCCUCACAACCACCGUUGCCACACUCGCGCCAGCCAUCCAAUGCAUCCGAACAUGAACCCACACCACAAUCUUAUCCUUCACGCCCUCACCAUCUCCCAUCAAUCCUGAMCCCGGCGCCUGUCGACCCGCCACACGGACCGUCGUCAGAAUCCUACCCAUCAUCGACUACAUCUGUACCACCACGCCCACACACUCCUCACUCAUCCAUCAUGUUGCCGCCAAUCAGUUCACUAUCCCAAUUCGCAGGCUCUGUUCCGCCUCCACCAUCUGCAUCCGACAUCUCACAACAAAGGUGA